AUAGCUUCAAAUCUGUCUCUAGAGUGUUGUGAUUUGCCUGAUUUGAGUCUUUGAACCCUAGCUGAGUUGAUUCAAGCAACGCUGGUAUCCGAAUGGUCGAAAUCUUUCAGAUCUCACUCGGAAUACUAAGAUCUAGUUAGAGAGGCCUUUAUUAAGGUUGAUUCAACUUUGAAUCUCUUGGAUUUGAGUUGAACUGCUUCAGAUUUGGGUCAAACUGUGUUGGAUGCUUCAUAUCUAAGUUUGACAGGCUAUGUUGAAAUCUGUUCUUUGAUUGAUCUGGUGUGACUCUCUCAAUUAAGCAUUUAAACCAUCAGAUCUGGUUCACCUAGGCCCGAUUCUUAGAUUUGUGUGCGAAACUUCUCAAAUUUGGUUUGCGUUGGCUCAAUUUGACUUCAAACUGUUUGGAUCUGAUUCGAUUUGGUUUCAAACCUCUGCUCUGGUUCGACUUUGGUUCAAAUCCCCUUCAGGUUUGGAUCAAGUUGAUUCAGAUCCUUCAAGUUUCUGGAUCAAUUGAUUCGAAAUUUGUCUGGUUUGGCUUGAUUCGAUAGGCUGGUUUGAAACGUUUUCCUUGGUUUCAUUGGGGUCUUCAGAUCUCUGUUUGAACAGGCCUGGUUGAAGUCCAUUUUGGUUCAAUUGGGUCAAAUUUGAGUUGAUUGGAUCGAUUUGUCUUGCGUUGAACUCAAUUUGUGUUCAAUUGCUUCAGAUUGCGUUGAUUUGGCUCCAAUUGGUGUUCCAUUUGACAAAUUGUAUUGAUUGCUUGGCCCAUUGUGAGAGCUUCUCUUUGCAUUUGUUAUAGCUCACAGAGGUCGAAAAGACGGGGACAAAAUCCUUUUGGUGAUUUGUUAAUUUAGGUUGUUUGUUGUUUGUUAUAAUGUUUGGGAUCAAACCACUAUUGAUUUGGUAAUGUGCACUAUAUUGGAUUGAAUCAGUAGUAUGAUUGCAUCAUUAGUGAUGUGGUCCUAUUAAAUUUUAUUUUAUUUUAUUUUAUUGCAUUUUUUCCUUAAACAAAAAAAAAAAAAAAAAAUUUAAUUUAAUUUAUUUAUUGUCAUGUUUUAUUUUAAUUUAUUGUAAGAGAAUGCUAUAAUAAAAUAGUUUAGGGAUUCUUUUUAGUCAUUUUACAAUCAUUGGAGGCCACAUAAUUUUUAGGGUGGUGAUUGAAUUAUUACUACUAGUUGAAUCUUUAAAUUAGGGAUUUUGUUAUUUUCCCCAUUUUCCUCGUUCCCUUAUUAUGUGGAUGGUUUUAUUUUAUUUUCGUGGAUGGAUUUUGUUUACUGAACAAAUGCUUUUAGUUUGUUUCGUUGCUGUCGUGGCUAGAUUUAUUUAUUUUCUAUAUAGCUUAAUUAAAAUAAAAUUAUGAUUAGAGUUCUUGACUUUUUUUCCCCCCAAAUUCAAUUCGGGCUCCUUUCUUUUUUUAUAAAAAAAGAACUUGGACGUUUUCCUUAAAAAAUGUCACACAUUCAUUCACUAUUUUAAACCCUUUUUAUAAAUUAUACAAACUUCUGUCUUGGGUGAGAUGUCAUUUUUGGAUCGUCUUAUUUCCUUGCCAGGCUAUCUUAUGGGUGUUGUAUAUUACUGUCAUCAUGCGUUUUACUUAAUAGUUUUAAAAUAAAGAAUCAAGAGAUGAUGAGUAGAGGCCGAUCUUGUAUCAGACAGAAUGGGUUCCUAACCCUUUCUCAUUUUGUACCUAAGUUUUUGAGCCAAGUUAUUUGGUGAUGAAAGACUAGUCCCUUUUAUUAGUGGAGUCAUUAUAGGUUAUUGGACCUUUAAAAUCAAGUGGCGGCUCCUAGUUUUUGAACUUUCGAUUGAUGGUCGGGAAUCAAUUUUGUGGGCUUCGGAAUAUGGCGCUAUUUGAGUAUUAGUCAUUGGUUUGGUCCUUUUUUGAUGUGGGCAUAAAAUGCAAUUCCAAGCCAUUGUGCUUGUAGGGGGCAACUCCACUGGCUAAGAAGCACGAACACUUCUAAGAAGGUGACGUAUCUAUGUCAUGUUCAUGUCGGAAAUGGCUGUUCUAGUGCAAUGGAUUUAAGUCUGAAAAUGGCUUCUCUUCUCCCUUUUGCCCCCUUUCUUCCUAGGGUUCAUAGACAUGAAUUAGCUUCCAAACCCACUUAAAGAACGUAAAGAAAAAUGCAUCCUAUCUUCUUUUUGAAUCAAAACACCAAAACAAAAACUAAAUCUCCAAGUUUUAAUCUUUUGCUUCCUUUUCUUUUCAUUCUCAACUUCUUCUUGCAAAACAUGAUUUCAAGCCAUUAAAUCUAUGGAAUUCAAGGGAACACAUGAUGAUGAAGGUCUAUAUGUAUCAAGAACAUCAUAAAGAAGAUAAAAUUCACACUUCUUGGGAGCCCUUUCCUUAAUUUCCAUCGUAGUUCAAUCCUUAACAUUCUUUUCCUAACUUACCCAAUUCUAAACCAAAGCAAUCCUAAUUUCUUCUUGAUUUCAGAGGUUAAAGGGUGAUUACUACAAGAUUUUGUUAGAAUAUAUCAAAUAGGAAAUAAUAUUUGCUAUUUUUUAUUCUUAUUUGAUUUUAUUUUCCCUUGAUUAAUGUAAUGGGCUGGCCCAUAAUUUGUGCAUAAUGGCACUCCUGUAAUUACAUAUUAUUAUCAAUAUAAGAAAGGAUGAGGUCUCACUCAUUCCCUAUCUUUUUCUCUUCUCUAAACUUACAUGGCAUUGGAGCCAAAACCCUAGCCCAUCCCUCCUUUACUUUUCUUCGCUUCUGUUAGCAAUCAUCCAUUCCUUUAGCACCAUUGCCGGCAGUCCUUUUUCACUUAGGAGCACUGUUGGCAGUCCUUUUUUUCUCCCAGCAGUCCAGUCAGCCACUGUAGACUUUCACCUAGCCCAUCUCCGUCUUCAGUAGUUCCUCCUGGGCUCCCCGACAGCCUAUUAGGCUUAGUCGGCAGCCCUCUGGCCUUUUAGGGGCCUAUUGGCAGCACCUCCGGCCUUCUUGGCCUCUAGCGGCAUCUCUCUUGCCUCCUAGGCCUCUGUCGACUCUCCCUUUGUCGGUCUUCUCUCUUCUUCGCUCUUUUCUGUCAUGUUUUUUACUUAAAACAACUCUUAAACAUUAAAAAAAUAAAUAAAUUAUUUUUCAAUUUUUUAUGAUUUUUUUUGUGGUCAUAUUGUUUACUAUUCCUCCACCUUCUUCUUGGUUUGUGAUUGACACUGGGUUUGAGGGUUACUUAGUAGAAUAUCCAUAUCAGAUUCUACUAGUGAGUUAAUAACUUCUCAGCCGCCUAAGAGCGAGAGUCCCCUUAUACCUUUUAUUAUGAUUGAUAAUCUCAACCUUGGCCUUAAAAUCACCACUUCUCUAUUCAAUGGUCAGAAUUAUAUAGCGUGGUCGCAGAGUUUGACUAUUUUUUUUGAAGAGUAUAGGGAAGAUGAGGUAUGUUAAUGGCAGAAUACAAGCGCCUAGCAUCAUGGACUCGAGUUAUGAUCAGUGGGAAAUCACCAACUCUCUCAUCAUGGGUUGGUUGAUCCACUCUAUGGUCCCUGAGAUUGGAGAGGGCUAUUUGGCUAUGGACACUGCACAAGCUAUCUGAGAGGCUGUUGCUACUACUUAUUCCCGGAAGGGGAACUUCUCAUAGGCUUUCGAGUUAUGUCGCUUCAUUGAAAGGUCAGAACAAGUUACUGGAAGCUUGUGGAGCAAGAAUGGAUCUUCAAGUUUUUGGAAGGCCUGAAUGUGGUGUAUGAUCCGGUUCGGAGCAGAGUGCUUGGCAUGGACGUGCUUUCUUCUCUCCAGGAAGCCUUUGCUUUUGUGCAAAAUGAGGAGAGUCGCCACUCUGCAAUGCUUCCUUCUGCCACUACUAAUUGCUUUGCCUUGGUUUCUAUACCCCCUCAAGAUGGAGAGUGUGUGCCUCGAGGUUCUCGUCCUUCCUCUGAGAAGGAUAAUCUUUUCUGUGACUACUGCCGUACACCUAGACACACACAAGGGACUUGCUGAAAGCUGCAUGGGACUCCUGGUGGCCGAGGGGCCAAUGAGGGCACAUUUUUCUGAUACGGUUGAGCCACCACCUUCAGCUUCUGUUGCCGCUUCUGUUGCCUCACCGGCUACUGAUGUUUCUGGGUUGUCUGCCUCAGAGUUUGAGAUUGCUCUUUGCUACUUGCUAGAUCGUCGAGCCUCUACUACUGUCUCCGCUGCAUCUUCUUCUUCCUUUGCCAACUCAGGUAACUUAGCUUCCUCUCCCAGUGCAUUACUAUCUCAUGUGACUAUUCCUUGGAUUAUUGAUUCAGGUGCUUCCGACCAAAUAUUUGGUUCCUCUAGUUUGUUCUCAGAGUAUACACCCUCCCCAGGUCAAGAAAAAGUGCGUAUUACUGACGGUACUAUUUUGUUUUUGUCAUGGAAAGAUUUAAUUCAUGCCACCUCUUCCCUUUCUUUAGUCUCUAUACUCCAUGUUCUCAAUUUUAAUGUUAAUCUGUUAUGUUUGAGUCGUAUUACUCGUGAUUUGAAUUGUAGCGUGAUUUUUUUUCCUGAUCACUGUCUUUUUCAGGACCUUAUCACGAGAAAGAGGAUUGGUAGUGGUAGAGAGGAACAUGGUCUCUAUAUUCUAGAUCAUAUUGACAAGCUGACUCAUUCAUCUAUUCAGUUACCCUCCACCAACGAAGACCUUUGGCUGUGGCACCGUCGCUCAGGACAUCCUUCUUUUUUACUCCUUAGGCAUCUUUUUCCUUUUGUUUUUGCGCACAAUAAUGUGUUUGAUUUUCAGUGUGAGUCAUGUCAACUUGGAAAACAAUAUAAAGCUUAUUUUGUCCUUCUAUUAAUAAAAGCUCAAUUCCAUUUUCUUUGAUUCAUUCUGAUGUAUGGGGUCCCUCACGUUUUGUCUUUAAAAGGUAAAAAAUGGUUUGUUACUUUCAUAGAUGACUGUUCUAGAGCCACUUGGGUAUAUAUAAUGAAAGACAAGUGACGUGUUUUCUGUGUUUCAAAACUUUCAUAGAAUGGUUUGCACUCAGUUAGGGGCAGUUGUAAAAUUUCUUCAUUCUGAUAAUGGAGAGGGAGGGGGGGGAAUAUAUUGACUCUGGUCUUGCCAGUUAUUUUUCCACCCAUGACAUUAUUUACCAAACCUUUUGCACUAAUACUCCUCAAUAAAAUGGCGUUGCAGAACGGGAAAAUUGCCAUCUCCUUGAUGUGGCCUGGUGUAUAUCCUUUGAAAUGCGUGUCCCUCAAUCAUAUUGGGGGGAAGCGGUUCUCAUUGAAGCUUAUUUGAUUAAUCGUCUUUCCACCCAAGUACUUCAGAAAUGAACCCCUCUUUAGGUUUUGUUUGGGUCUACGUCUUCUGGGUUCUCCAUUCCUCCUAGGACCUUUGGAUGUGUUUCUUUUGUCCAUAAUCAUUCAUUUACUCGUGGUAAAUUGAAUCCUAGGUCUCUUAAGUGUGUUUUCCUAGGUUACUCUGCCACCCAAAAGGGUUAUAAGUGUUAUCAUCCGUCAUCUCGCAAAUGGUUUGUCUCCAUGGAUGUCACUUUCUUUGAUUCGCAGCCUUACUUUCCCACCUCUCCAGUGUCCCAGUCAUCCCUUCAGGAAGAUUCUUGGUGUGAAGAGAUUCUUGUGCCACUACCACUAGUGAUAGAGGAUGUUGAGCCAGCAAUUGUUGUGGAAAAGGAAGAAAACAAAGUUUAUGUCAGGGACAAAAAUAGACAGAAAGUCACUUGGAUGCAAGAGACUACUUUCCCUCCUCUAUUGCUAACUUCUUCUCUGAAUGAGUGUCCAGAGUCAUCCCCCUCCUGAGAGUCUUUGUAAUUCUAAUCCUAAUGCUUCUAUUUCUGAGUUCUCAGAUCUUGAUGUUCCCAUUGCUAAUCGGAAGGGGGUUAAGUCAUGUACUCAACAUCCUAUUACGAAUCACGACUCUUAUUCUAAUCUAUCUCUUUCAUAUACAGCCUUUCUAUCUAAAAUUUCUUCUGUGAGUCUGCCUAACAAUUUUCACGAUGCCCUCUCCAUUCUUGAAUGGAAACAUGCCAUGAUGGAGGAGAUGAGAGCCCUCAGCAAGAAUGGCACUUGGGGGUUAGUGGAGUUACCUAGAGGCAAAAAUCUAGUUGGGUGUAAGUGGGUGUACACUGUGAAACACAAAGUAGACAAUUCCAUUGAACGGUACAAAGCAAGACUGGUUGCUAAGGGCUUCACUCAGACUUAUGAGGUAGGUUAUCAGGAAACAUUUUCACCAGUUGCAAAGAUGAACUCUAUGAGAAUGCUACUCUCUCUUGCAACAAAUUUGGAUUGACCACUUUAUCAGUUUGAUGUAAAGAAUGCCUUCCUUCAUGGAGACCUAGAAGAAGAGGUCUAUAUGGAUAUUUCCCCUGACUGUGAGGAUGCUAGGUCCAAAGGUAAGGUGUGCAAGCUUCGGAAGUCAUUUUAUGGCUAAAGCAGUCCCCUAGGGCUUGGUUUGAAAGGUUUGCUCGAGCUAUGCUGAGAUAUGGGUUCAAGUAACGUCAAGCUGAUCACACCUUAUUUGUGAAACACUCCUCACAUGGUAAGACCACAACUCUUAUCGUUUAUGUUGAUGAUAUUGUUCUGACAGGGGAUGAUGGUGAGGAGAUCCCUCGGUUGAAGGAACACUUAGCCAAGGAGUUUGAAAUCAAAGACUUGGAUAAUUUGAAGUAUUUUUUUAGGCAUUGAAGUAGCUCGGUCUAAGGAUGGCAUCUUCAUAUGCCAGAGGAAGUAUGUGCUUGACUUCCUAAAAGAAACUAAAAUGCUUGGAAGUAGACCAUGUGAUAUACCUUUAGAAUCGGGGCAGAAACUAAGUGAGGAUCAAGGGGGAGAUCCAGUGGACAGGGGAACAGUGAGCAUGGUUAGCCAGUUUAUGCAUGCUCCUAGACAUUCCCACUUAGAAGUAGUUAUGAGAAUCUUGAGGUACCUAAAGUCUCUCUUUGGAAAGGGUCUCUAUUUUUCAAAACAGGGACAUCUCAGUGUGAAGGCAUUUAUUGAUGCAGAUUGGGCUGGAUCAGUCGCUGACAGAUAAUCAACUUCUGGAUAUUGCACAUUUGUUGGAGGCAACCUAGUCACAUGGCGAAGAAAGAAACAAAAUGUGGUUGCUAGAUCUAGUGCUGAGGCAGAAUUUAGGGCUAUGGUUUAGGGUGUAUGUGAGUUGCUAUGGAUUAGAUUAUUGUUGGGAGACUUGAGGAUACAUCAGACUGAUUCCAUGAGGUUGUAUUGUGACAACAAGGCGGCGAUCGACAUAGCUCAUAAUCCAGUUCAACAUGACAGAACCAAACAUGUGGAGAUUGAUAGGCACUUCAUUAGGGAAAAGUGUUGACAUAUUAUAAUCACCGAAAGGCACUUAGCAUAUUAUACUAGCCGAAAGUCUCUAAGAUUUGUAAUCAUUUUUUACGCACUCAGGGAUCAUCUUGUAAUUGUCUUCUUUGUAAAUCCUAAAUCUUCAUUUAUAAAUAAGGGGU